AUGCCUCGAAAUUACAUACGAAAGACUGAACCAAAAUACCAAAUUGAAGAUCUUCGCCAUGCAAUCGAAGAUGUCAAAAGUAAAAAGCUCACACUGGGCCAAGCUGCUACCAAAUACUCAGUACCAAAAACAACAUUAUUUAAACAAGUAAAGCAAAACGAAUUUAAAAUGCCAAAAAAAGGUCGAUAUACUGUAUUUAAUAAAGAACAAGAAGACCAGCUAGAAAAAUACAUACUCAAUUGCUGCAAGUCUUUUUAUGGUAUAACACCAAGUUCAUUACGUAGAAUUGCCUUUCGAUUUGCUGAAGCUAACAAACUGAAACACAAUUUCAACACAGAAACCCAGCUGGCUGGCAAAGACUGGUACUAUGGCUUUAUGUCUCGACAUCCUUCCAUCAGUUUACAGAUUCCAGAAGCUACUUCAAUUAAUAGAAUUUCAGCUUUUAACGCCAUUGAAGUAAAUCUGUUUUUUGAUCAAUUAAAAACGAUACAAACAAAAUACAAUAUACCUGGUCAUCGUAUUUUUAAUAUUGAUGAAACCGGCUUUAGCACAUUACAAAAGAAUUAUAAGAUUUUGGCUCCAAAAGGUUUAAAGCAGAUAGCAAAAGCUACAAGCGGAGAACGCGGUGUUACAACAACAGUAGUUUGUGCUGUCAGCGCUAGUGGCAUAUAUGUACCACCCAUGUUUAUUUUUAAAAGAAAGAGAAUAAGCGAACUGUUACUUAAAGGCUGUAACAGUGACAUGAUUGCCACUGUUUCUGAUUCCGGUUGGAUAAAUGAGUCCAUAUUUCUUGACUACUUGCGACACUUCAUUUCUUUCGUGAAACCUACCAAAGAAGAACCAGUAUUAAUAAUACUUGACAAUCACGAAAGUCACAUCAGCCUGGGAGCAUACGAACUUUUCCGAGAAUACAACCUGCAAGUUCUUUCCUUGCCACCCCAUGUAUCUCACAAAAUGCAGCCACUGGAUCUUACAAUCUUCAGUUCACUGAAGAUGGCGUACAAUAAGGAAUGUGAGCUAUACAUGGUUAACAAUCCUGGCAAACGAAUAAGCCAGUAUGAGGUUGGAGAACUUUUUACAAAAGCGUACAACAAAACAGCUAACAUAUGCAAGGCUCUAAGUGGAUUUAGAGCCGCUAGAGACAAAUUUAAAGACAGCUUUGAAAAUAAGAUAUUUGACCAAUCUCACACCAGUCAGACUCAAGAGUGCGAUGUUCAUGAAACUGAAGCUGAGCAAAGUUUGAAUGAGUCCGUUAACACUGUCAGCCAGAGUCAAACACCAACACAGGAUUCCACUUCUAUUCCUGAAAAUGACAACGAUUUGAGCGUAACCAUUAAUAUUCCUCCUCCUUCCACACCUGUGCCUCUUGCCGAAAUUAUUAAUGUGCCUGUUAUUCCUACAACAACAACCACUUCUAAGGGACAGAAUAAGAAGCAUUCUCAGAUUUUAUCCAGCACACCAAUAAAAAUUCAAUUAGAGGAAAAACUGAAAAGACAAUGUGAGCGAAAAGCUAAAAAAGAAAAAGUUCCAAUUAAAAAACCAGAAAAAAACAUUAAAAUCAUACAAAAGAAGCCACAAGUCAGGGGCAAGGGAAUCAGAAAUUUGAAGAAAGCUUUACAAGGAAAUGAAAACGAAGAGGAGUUUUACUGUAUAAUAUGCAACGAAAAGUAUGAAUCCCCACCGAUAGAAGAUUGGAUCAUGUGCGCCAUUUGUAAACUUUGGGCUCAUGAAAAAUGUACUGCCGGAGAGACUAGUAAAGGUUACGUGUGUGAUAUGUGCCACACAAAUAAGUUGUUUUAUUUUAUUAUAAAGAUUGAAUUAUGUCGUUCUUAA